AUGGACCAGCUGUGCAGAGAGCUGCUGGCACCCGCCAACGCGACGACUGACAGCAAGGACCCCAAGAAGCUGCACUAUGGCUGCGGCGUGGCUACCACCGCACAGGUCAACAGAGUGAUCUUUGACCUGGCAGCCCUCGAGCCCCAGGUUACUGCUGCUGUCGCCCAGGCCAGCUCCCUGCAGGCCACCUUCACCCAGGGAAGCACCCAGGCAGCGGUGCUGCGCGCCCGUGUGGAUGAGCUCACCGCAACGACCACAACAAUCACCGCCAACGUGCAGAAGCUGCAAGCCAGCGCGGCAAACGCUUCCAACCCGGGCUUGUUUGCUCAGGAGCUCGCCGCCCUCACAGCGGCCAGCACGCGCACUGCCCAGCAGCUGGCCCUGAUGCAGGCGGCAAACCAAGCCAUGGCCGCAGACAUCGCGGCGCUCAAGUCUGCUCCGCAGCAGUGCGCCUGCAGCGCGGAGCUAUCGGCCGUCAACACCACCCUGGCCGCCAUCAAGUCAGCCCAGGCGGCGGACGCGGCGGCCGUCAACACCACCCUGGCCGCCAUCACGUCAGCCCAGGCGGCGGACGCAGUGGCGGUCUCCCUGGUCAAUGCCACCGUCGAGUCCCUGAAGACCACCGUCACUACGGGCGCAGCAGCCAUCGCGUCGGCCAACACCAGCGUUGCCGCGCUGGCGGCCAGUGUGGCUAAUGUGUCGGCCAUCGACCUCAGUGUCUACGCGAGAAUCGCCGACCUGGCCAACAUCAAUGCGGUCAGCCUGGGGGGCGUGCCUGCGGCGGAAUACCUGCGCGCGCGGGUCGUGAUCUACAGCGAAUCUUCAAGCGACAGGGACGGGAACCUUGGUGGCCGGUCUGGCGCCGACGCCCUGUGCAGCGCCUCCAUCAACCGGCCGGCCGGGCUGGCACGGGUGCAUGCAUUCCUGUCUGUAUCGGCGUCCGACCAGAUCGCCGACUUUUCCACAAAGUACGGCGUCCCCGGCGGCCUGCCAAUCGAGUCUUUGCGCGGCACCGUCAUCGCAAGGAAUUUUACGGGCCUGCUGGGGGGCAGCAUCCUGACGAGCCUGGGCAGUGCGGGCGUGACGCUAGGAACCUUCUGGUGGUCGGGCAGCCUCAGCAAUGGCAGAGUCGCCGCCCCCGCCACAUGCCUUGGGUGGACCUCCGCCUCCGACUCGGGCUUUACCGGAGGGUUGGCCAAAACCGAUGCAACGUGGCUGUCGUUCUCAUCAAUCCCUUGCUUCAUCGCCCAACCCGUCCUGUGCAUUGCCUACUGA